UCCUCAGCAUGGCCCAUCGUCAGCCCCUGGCCAAAGUCAAGGGCCGGCUCCGGAUCCGCAACCACCUGGUCCGACAGUGCCUGGCAGAGUUUCUGGGUGUGUUCGUGCUCCUGUUCCUCACCCAGGGGGCUGUGGCCCAGGCUGUCACCAGCGGAGAAAACAAAGGCAACUUCUUCACCAUGUUUCUGGCUGGCUCUCUGGCGGUUAUGGUAGCCAUCUACGUGAGUGGGAACGUUUCAGGGGCCCACCUGAAUCCAGCCUUCUCCCUGACAAUGUGCCUCCUGGGGCGUUUCCCCUGGUUCAAGCUUCCCGUUUACUGCUUGGUGCAGCUUCUCUCUGCCUUCUGUGCCUCUGGAGCCACCUACGCUGUCUACUACGAUGCCCUACAGAAUUAUACAGGUGGCAACCUGACAGUGACUGGCCCUAGGGAGACAGCCUCCAUCUUUGCGACCUACCCUGCCCCGUAUCUGUCCCUGAACAAUGGCUUCCUGGAUCAGGUUCUGGGCACAGGGAUCCUGGUUGUGGGCACCUUGGCCAUCAUGGACACGCGGAACAAGGGAGUGCCUGCAGGUCUGGAGCCUGUGGCUGUGGGGCUGCUGAUCCUGGCCAUCGGGCUCUCCCUGGGUGUCAACUGUGGGUACCCACUCAACCCUGCCCGUGACCUGGGCCCACGGCUUUUCACCUACGUGGCUGGCUGGGGCCCUGAAGUCUUCAGGGCCGGUAAUGGCUGGUGGUGGGUGCCUGUGGUGGCCCCUCUGGUGGGGGCUACGCUUGGCACAGCCACAUACCAGCUGCUGGUGGCUCUCCACCACCCGGAGGAGUCAGAGCCGGCUCCGGACCUGGGGUUGGCCCUGCAUAAAGCCUCCGCCUUGGAAAUGCCUGCCUCAGUUCGGCUGCCGCAGUAA